UUUAUCGAUCUUUUACGAAAUGUUAGGCUUAAGAGUAAUAUUUGCUCUAAAUACUAUUUUAUUUGGAGCUAUCCAUGGAGAGUGUGCUCGUUCGGUGCCAGAAGUAAGCAAUGAUAAUUUAAAAACUUCCCUUAUUCAAGCACAAUCAAUUGGAAGAAUCGUUAACCGCCAAAGCCACAAGGAAAUAAAUCAAAACCCUGUACAAGUCAGUUUUGGAAACGAUAUAACUCGCGCCUCAAACAUUGAUACAGGGUAUCCAUGUGUCCAUGAGGUGCCUCAGAUGAACGUCAUUGAAAACCCUCCAGUUACACGAACUGAGUUUGUAACCCAGAUCAACAGUCACUCUACGUUUUCAGCUGGAUUUCCAAUGCAAAUUCAGAACCCACGUCCAGCCCAGCACAUUCAUUACCAUUACCUUGUUCCCAAUGAGACUCCUACAAGACCCAGCAUAACAUAUGCAUCUCAGUCGGAUUUAAAUACAGAAAAUAAAUAUUUUCUGACUACUGCAAUACCUACAUCGUACAUAAACGAGCAUUACAAUCAGCUUCAGCAUAGCAAUCAAGAAGUAUUGCCGAGCAACCCUUUAUACUCAUCUGCAAACCAUAAUGGAAACCUUUACGAUUCCCCGGACGAGCAUCAAGCUCAGGGCUCAGAAAAUACCUCGUUCUACGAAGCCAUAAGAAGUCCAAACGAAGUUUUGAGAGAAAAAACUUCAAGUCAAAGUCAAGAAGCAAUUCCAAAUACGAUUAAGCCGGAAAUUGUUUUAAAAGAGCAACCCAAUCAAAGCCAACAAGCAGCUGUUCCUACCACAAAAGUGCCAGUUUACUUUAUCAAAUACCACGGCAAUGCAGAUAUUAAAACAACAACGUUUCCACCAAACCAUAAGCCAGAUGAUUCUUCAGAUACGAUUACUGAUGGCAGCGGCUUAAUAGACAUACGGUCUGGAAACGAAGAUAAAAACACCGUGGAUACUCAAGACGAGUCCAAUGAAUACUCGGCAUACAAUGUCCCCUUAAAUUAA